GAGGCAGCAGGCAAUGUCUUGAAGGGGAUUAUCCAUACUGAAUGUAUAGAACCCCUCCUUCCCAAUUACUCACACACAGCUCCGCUGGCAGGAGGAAAAACCUCUUUGAAAACAACAGCUCCUUAGAGGUCCGCAGCCUAAGCAUCCAAAUACUGAUUAUUUUUCGUUUUUUUUUAUUUUUUAUUCAUUGGGUAAAGCAGUAAGACAGUUACAGCUGUGAGUAAUUUCACUGAGAUGCAGUGCUGUACUUCAUUCGACUUUCUUUUUAAUUACUAGUAUUUUUUUUUCUAUGGUUUUCGGUUGCCAUAAUUAGAAUGCCUUUCUGAGACUGGUUGCACGGUUGAACACAAUUCUAGGGACCGUUUUUCUGUAGGCUACUUUUCAGUGCGAGGUUUUAACAGGCACAGGCUGCUUCGGUACGUUUUGAUACGUUGCAGAAACAACAACAAAAAACAAACAAACAAACAAAACAUGAUCUGAUGAACAAGGUGGAUGAUUCUGAAGAGAUCAGAAACUGUAAUCACCGUAUAAUCGCUCAAAACAGCUGGAAUCAGUUGCCAUUGCUGGCAUCGAUUUUUUACAAGACUCUUCCAACACUUUUUUUUUCAAGAAGCAAUAUGAAGAACAUAAGUUUAUGCAGAUACUAAAAAAACUCAAACAUAAAAGCAUUUGCGAUUGCAAUUGACUAAUGUAUUUGAAUGAGUAGUUGAUGCAGGUUACAGAAUUUUCUUCACGCGUUUUUUUUGUAUUAUUUUGUAUUAUUUAAUGUGUCCUGACUUACUGAGUGGCUCGGGAUUCAGAACUAAAGGAAGAUACACACGAGACAGGGUUGGCUCUGAUAUAAAUGCACGGGUUAGGUUUGCGGCUGAUGGAAGUUUUGCGUUGCAGAUCUGACGAAAACACGUGUAAUUUCCACGCUUCAGCAGCCGCAGCUAUGCUUUUCCACGGCCUCUCCGGGGGCGAAAUGCACGGAGUCAUUGAUGACCUGGACCGGCGAGUGAAAAGCGACUCUGCGACGAUCAGUUCCGCUAUUGACAUGGGAGAAACCGAAACGAAUAUGCCCUCUAUAAGUACCGACCGGGUCGCCCUGUGUGCGGGAUGUGGGGGGAAGAUCUCAGACCGUUAUUAUCUGCUCGCUGUAGAUAAGCAGUGGCACAUGCGCUGUUUGAAGUGUUGUGAAUGUAAACUCAACCUGGAGUCUGAGCUCACCUGCUUCAGCAAGGACGGCAGCAUUUACUGCAAAGAGGACUAUUAUAGGAGGUUUUCGGUGCAAAGGUGUGCCAGAUGCCAUCUUGGAAUUUCCGCCUCGGAGAUGGUGAUGCGCGCGCGCGAUGUGGUGUACCACUUGAACUGCUUCACCUGUACCACCUGCAACAAGAUGCUGACCACCGGGGAUCACUUUGGCAUGAAGGACAACUUAGUUUACUGUCGGCUUCACUUUGAGAGCCUCAUUCAGGGGGAAUAUCAAGCUCAUUUCAACCACUCGGAUAUAGCUUCUAACAAGAGUGGAGGCCUUGGGACUGGGACUGGCAACACCAUCGGGCUGCCUUAUUACAAUGGCGUGGGCACUGUCCAAAAAGGACGACCGAGGAAACGAAAGAGCCCGGGACCCGGAGCUGAUUUAGCGGCAUACAACGCAGCUCUGAGCUGCAACGAGAACGAUGGGGAUCAUUUGGACAGAGAUUCACAAUACACCUCUAAUCAGAAGACAAAGCGCAUGAGGACGUCUUUUAAGCACCACCAACUGCGCACCAUGAAGUCUUACUUUGCCAUUAACCACAACCCUGACGCCAAGGACUUGAAGCAGCUAGCGCAAAAAACAGGCCUUACAAAAAGAGUGCUGCAGGUUUGGUUUCAAAAUGCCAGAGCCAAAUUCAGACGGAACCUUUUACGACAGGAAAACACGGGGGUGGACAAAGCGUUGGACGGGUCAACACUCCCAGGAGGGACCCCUUCAGGACCGGCGUCAGACAUCUCGAACGCUUCCCUCAGCCCUGCAAGAACCCCGACUACCUUAACUGACUUAACCAAUCCUACCAUGCCAACGGUGACGUCGGUCCUGACAUCAGUGCCUGGCAGUCUGGAGCUUCACGAAUCCCGCAGCCCCUCACAAACUACCCUCACGAGUCUCUUCUGAUGUCUCUUCUAUUCGCAGUUCCUAUGGAAACAAAAUAAACAAUUUGUAGUUUUAUUCCAAGUGUACUUUAGACCCUUUGUUUGACUGACUGACAGACAGCACUAAAAGAUCUGAUUUGAGAAGCGCAGCAACUCAUUUGCUCCGACAACAUGUUUACAGAGUGAUGAAGACUGAACCGAUCCUGGAUAUAAAAUUCAACACAACAUGUGUGUAACUGUGCAGUUUUGUGGGCUGAGUAAGGGAACAAUAGGUAUUUAAAAAAGAAAAAGUUGGCUCAAUUAUUGUGUAUUUUCAAAGACUGUCAUGUGCCUUAUACACUGUCUUUAUCAACAUACUUUGGAUACUUCAUAACUUUUUCAUGAUCAGAAUUGAACGCAGGAAAUUGAUUUCUUCUAAAUCUCUCCAAGCAUACCAGUAAUAUUUUGUUCUGGUUUUGAAUACCUUAAUUAAAGGCUGAUCCAAUGCAAACAGAUGAUGGAGUUUACCUGGAAAUGAAUAUCUAUCUUUCUCUAGUUUCGUGGCACAAAGUUAGGAUGGACUGAAUUUGACAUAAAGAUUGAUAAAUAGAAAUGUGUUUUUUUUUUUUUUUUUUUUUUUUUUUAGUAAUAUUGCAGUCAAGGUAACAACUGGUUGUAAAAACAGUGGUUUGAAAAGAAAUAAAAAUCAAUUGAUUAGCCAUAUUUGAAAUAUGAGGUUCUCAGAAAGGAAAGCACGUUUUUGGUAAGUGCGGAACAAUUCAAACCGUUUCCUUCCGAAACGCUGUAACAUUUUUUGAGGAUCUCUUCUUUUGAAUGUGGGCCUUGACUGUUUGUAUCUCAAUGAGGGUCUAUUUUAAUUAAAACUGCGGUACAUCUAAAUGCCUCCACCCUUUAAAUGAAUCCAGCUUGCAUUUCCUCCGUUAUCAGCUUGACUAAAUGUAAUAAAAAUACACUAGUGAAAGAUUUUGUAAGUGGCAAUGUGGCCGCAAUGUUGAGUGGUAAAUGUCUUUCAAUCUGCCAGUACUCUAGUGUUACAAUUCUUUUGUGCUAUGCAAUGCUUUAAAAUCUAUUCUUUGCUUCUUAUUAACAUUAUUUCUGAUACCACUUAUAUUGCAAUGAAAAUCAUUUGGUUGUUGUUUUUAUUUAAUUCAGUAACAAAUAUUUUAAAUACUACUAUGUAAACUGCUGCAUCCUGGCACCUUUGCAGCAAGUCACAUGGUUUAUUUACAGCUAGACCAUUGGAGUGAUUUUCAACUACAGCACAUGAUUCGGUACCAGGAAGCAGCAGCAUCUUUUCAUCUAUAUAUAAAACUAAAAGAUCUUCAAAAAAGGAAUGGGGACGUGUUUAUAUUGGUCGUGCUCAUAAGAAAAUAGAUUUUUAAAACCUUGCUGGCACUCCUACAGGGUACAAUUAAAACAAGUUACAAGUUUAGGUCCAUCACUGAUUAUCAGACAGUCCCCAUUGUGUCUCAUCGGACUGCCUGAUUCAGGUGUAUUCAGGUCCUUUCUGAACUAUUAAUGGGAGAUGAGUUGAUGCAUUGUUUGGACAGGCAAUGCCAAUUCUAAAAGGACACAUUCCUCAUUACCCUUUUAGGCCUGCAGUGUGAAACAGCCAUUACUUGAAGAGCACACAUGACAGCUUAUUUAAAGUAUUUAAGCAUCCUUUGAGAAUCACAAAAGGAAUUCAAUGGAAAUGAUAGGGUUUUCAUUUGAAAACAACCAUUUUAACAACCAUUUUACCUUGAGCAGUUUGUUCCACACAGCCAGUCCCAAUUCAUGCUGAUGUAUUUCUUCAAUAUCUUCAGUUUACACAGAUUUCAACUCUAAUGUUGACCACUAUACCUCAGUUAAAUCAAUAGCUGAAUACAUGUAUCUGCUGGAUCCCAUUCAUGGCCCUGGCGCUUCUUAAUUAUAAACAAAACGGAUCUUCUGAUUAGAUUGUUUGUAUCUUUACAACACAAAACAGAAAAAAAACUAAAUGUAAAAAUCUGACCUUUGUAACAAUUAGCCUGUAAUCUCAAUGGCUGUAGUGUAAUAUAAAUCAAAUCUAAUACAAAACCUUUUAUGAA